CAGGCGGGCAUUGGCUGCGCGGUCAUUACCUCUUGUUGUUGGUGGUGUUGCCGUCUUUGAGCUGAGAUAACAAACAACAACCUGCAACAGGUAGUAGCUAGGCAAUAGAUAGGGUCCGCUUACUAUAACAACAAUGCCUCUCCGACUGGAUAUCAAGAAGAAAUUGUCCGCCUCUUCGGAGCGCGUCAAGAGUGUGGAUUUGCAUCCCAAUGAUCCUUGGGUUCUCGCUGCCCUGUACAGUGGAAAUGUCAUGAUUUGGGACUAUGAAAGUGGUGGGUGUGUCAAAUCCUUCGAGGUGAGCGAGUUGCCCGUUCGGUGUGCCAAGUUUGUGGCACGCAAGCAAUGGUUCCUCGCGGCUUCCGAUGAUAUGCGAUUCCGUGUCUUCAAUUACAACACCAUGGAAAAAGUCAAGGAAUUUGAAGCUCAUGCUGAUUACAUUCGCAGUCUGGAAGUGCAUCCAUCCUUGCCCUACGUCCUGUCGUCCAGUGAUGACAUGACCAUCAAACUCUGGGAUUGGGACCGUGGCUUUGACUGCACCCAAAUGUUUGAGGGACACGCUCAUUACGUUAUGCAGGUCAAGUUCAAUCCCAAGGAUACGAACACCUUUGCCAGUGCGAGUUUGGAUCGUACCAUCAAGGUUUGGGGAUUGGGAUCCCAUUCUCCCCAUUACACUUUGGAAGGGCAUGAACGGGGUGUCAACUGUGUCGACUAUUAUCCCUCCGGAGACAAACCCUACAUUCUAAGUGGAGCUGAUGAUCGUAGUGUCAAAAUUUGGGAUUAUCAGACCAAAUCCAUUGUGCACUCAUUGGAAGGACACACCCACAAUGUCUGUGCCGUCAUGUUUCAUCCCAAGCUUCCCAUUAUUGCCAGUGCUAGCGAGGAUGGAACCAUUCGUAUCUGGCAAAGUACGACCUACCGUGCCGAAACCACCCUCAACUACGGAAUGGAACGUGCUUGGGCUCUCGCAGCCAGUCCAGACUCCAACAAAUUGGCCAUUGGAUUCGACGAAGGUUGUGUCUGCAUUGAACUCGGUAGUGAUGAUCCAGUUGCCAGUAUGGAUACCACUGGUAAGGUUGUGUGGGCCAUGAACAAUGAAAUCAAGACUGCCUCGGUUCGUGGUGUCGUUGGAAGUGGUGACGACGCUUUACCCGACGGCGAACGCCUUCCGGUUGUCCCUCGUGACUUGGGAGCAUGUGACCUCUACCCCCAAAUGUUGAAACACAAUUGCAAUGGUCGUUUUGUCGCUGUUUGCGGUGACGGUGAAUUCAUCAUUUACACUGCCCAGGCACUUCGUAACAAGGCAUUCGGUCAGGCAUUGGAUUUUGUCUGGAGUGGCAGCGGAACUGGCGACUAUGCUAUUCGUGAAUCUGUCAACCGCAUCAAGGUUUUCAAGAAUUUUAAUGAAUCCAAGGUGAUUGUCCCUGCCACUGCUUCUGCCGAAGGGUUGUUUGGCGGUCAAAUGAUUGGAGUCAAGGGUGGAGAUGGCGCUGUUCUGUUCUACGACUGGGAGAGCGGGGAGUUUGUUCGCAAGAUUGAUGUUACUCCCAAAGCUGUCUACUGGAGUGAUGCCGGCAACAUGGUCUUGUUGGCUUGUGAAGAAUCUGCCUAUGUCUUGUCUCACAAUGCCACAGUGACGGCUCAAGCCAUUGCCAUGGGGCAAGUGUCACCCGAGGACGGAAUCGAUGGAAGUUUCGAUUUGCUUUAUGAGAUCAGUGACACCAUUACCAGCGGAAAGUGGGUUGGUGAUUGUUUCCUCUAUGUCAACAAUGUCGGACGUCUGAAGUACAGUGUUGGUGGGCAAAUUGAAACUCUAGUCCACUUGGAUACCAAUUCUGGUGGAGCUACGCAGCACACUGUUCUGGGUUAUUUGGCCAAGGAAGACCGAGUCUAUUUGAUUGACAAAUCGCUCAACAUUGUUUCCUACUGUGUCAUGUUGGCCGUGUUGCAGUACCAGACUGCCGUGAUGCGUGGGGAUUUCGAUGCUGCCAACGAACUACUUCCCAACAUCCCCGAGUCGGAGUACACCAAGGUUGCCAGAUUCUUGGAGUCCCAGGGAUUUAAAGAGGAAGCCUUGGAGGUCACUACAGAUCCCGACCACAAGUUUGAUUUGUCGCUCGAGUUGGGCAAAACGGACCAGGCUCAUGCAAUCCUUUUGGAGACUCCUGAGGAAGACAAGGAUUCGACUGACACGGAAACAAAAUGGAAGCGUCUCAGUGAUGCCGCUCUGAAGGAUACCAACCUGGAUCUUUGUGAAGCUGCUAGUAUUGCUUCCAAUGACUUUUCGGAUCUGUUACUUCUCUACUCGGCAACCGGAAAUGUGUCUGGUAUGGCGAAGCUGGCCAAACUUGCUGCUGACAAUGGAAGGACCAAUGUUGCCUUUGUGGCCUAUUUGUUGACCAGCAAUGUUGAAGCCUGUGCUGAUCUUCUCAUUGUCACUCACCGCCUACCCGAAGCGGCCUUCUUUGCGCGAACCUACUUGCCAUCUCGAAUGGACGAAGUUGUGGCAUUGUGGAAGACUGAUCUUGCUUCGGUGAGUGAGACAGCAGCAAAGGCUCUGGCCAGUCCCUCGGAGAAUGCCGAUUUCUUUCCCGACUUGAGCAUUGCUUUGCAAGUGGAACAGAUGUUUUUGGCCCAAAGAGCGGGAACCAAGGCUACUGGCAUUCCCGCAGCAGACUAUAUGACUGCCAAGGACGAUUUGGAUCUGAAUUUGAUUGAGCUGAUUAAGCAACGUGAUGCACCACAACCUACUCCUGAAGAGAUUGCUGCAGCUGAGGCAGCCGCUGCCCAGGCACAAGCGGAAGCGCAGGCAGCCGCCGAGGGUGCAGCCGCGGAACAAGCCGCAGCCGCGGAACAGGCCAGAAUGGAAGCGGAGGCUGCUGCAGCUGCUCAGGCGGAAGCAGAAGCCAAAGCGGCGGCAGAGGUUGCUGCAGCUCAAAAGAUGGAAGAUAGUGGAAACGAUUUUGGUGAUGAUUGGUAGCUGGCAUGUUAGGACGAAAGUCCUACCAACGGACCAUAUAACUCAAUGUUAGAAUGCGAAUUGCAUUAGAAACCUUGUGAUUGAAAUGUGUCAAUUUAUCAGAUGCAGCAAAAAGUGAGUAUACUAAAUAAUUUACUGGGAUUGACAGAGACAAGCCUUCAGGCUGGAGUUCUGGUGCCGAGUGUGUCAAUUCGAACGAUUCAAUUCUGUUGGGAGCAAUACGUCUGUGAGAUCAUUGUUCGUGAUUCCGUCAUGCUCCUCCAAUCCGAGAUACGAGGAUGGGACGGAUUCUUCUACUAAGGGUAUCGCCACCUCCAGGUUUUUUUUACCCAGAGCAAAUCAAUUUCCUCUUCUGAUGUCUCCUCUUCUUCCUCCGAACUUGUAGCUCCUUCGUCAGUUGCGUAGAUUUCGGUUUCAGUCAUGUCAAGGCACUUCCCCCGGUACCAUUCCUUGACUUUGUCUACCAGACGGUCAAUGUCCUCUUGCCGGAAUUCAAGACCCAGCAUGUAUGUGCUGGUUCCUUUGUAAUCUCCUGGCUGAUAGAUUCGAAAUAUCUUGACCCCCAGGUCGUUUGCCAUGCGAGUUUCAAUCUCCUGACCCUUCCCCAAACACCGUUCGAUCCGUGUGCGUGCAUGACGCUUGACUUUUCUUCGUUUGAUUUCACGAAAUUCCACUACCUGCACCAUGAAUCCAUUGGAGUCUUUGGCGUGUUGCAGCUGGUAGCGAAAAGAAUAACGCCAACAGGAUCCCCGCUUUGGUUUGCCUGUCUUCAGUGUAGGAUCCUCCUUCAGGCAGGUGUCACAAGUCCCUCGACAAGGCCAAUUCAAGCUCGUCCACUUUGGAUCGCAGGUGUCUUUCUCAAAAGCGUUCGGGGAAUAGACAACAAAGUUGUUGUCCUUUCUUGAUUCUCCGCUGAUGUAGGGGUGAUGCUUCAGGAGGACAGCAAAGUUGGUUGCCGUGCCAGUACAGUUUUCACUCAAGGAGAAACGCGUGGAUAAAACUAUCUUGGGCGAAUUGUGCUCAACAGCCUCAUGAUGGGUUUUUACUUCUUCCUUGUUGAUAGUACUUUGAUCGUCCCACAGCCCGGCUGCAAUUAAGCAGUCUUGAUCUUGAUUGAGGCCUCCCAAGGCAUAUUUCAGUGCUUCUGGAGUUCUAGAUGCAGCCGCCAUGACACACUGUCUGUCUUGCCGUAAAGCAUUAGAUGCAUAACGUAACACCAUGCCAUCUUGUUGAAUGGCUGCCAGCAUGACAC